AUGUCUUCCUUCUCACGCCUGAUUCACUUCCUAGCCAAAGACGGCCAAGUCUACUACGGCGACGCCAUUCUCCCAUCAGGCACAACAAACAUCGCCCACGCAACCCAAGCAAAAGUAAUCAAAGGCGACAUCUUCGCCCAGUAUAUCAUCACCGACCAAAUCGCAGAAAUCCGCACCCUGCUCUCCCCACUAGCCCGGCAAGACAUCGGUACCGUCCGCUGCCUAGGCCUAAACUACGAGCAACACGCCAAAGAAUCUAACCUGCCGAUCCCAAAGUAUCCAGUCCUAUUCUUCAAGCCCGUGACAGCCAUCUCCGGGCCCAACGAUGACAUCCCCUGCGAGCUCGUCAUCGUCAUCGGCAAAGAGGCGAAGAAUGUGCCUCAGUCCCGCGCUCUGGAGUACGUUCUCGGAUACGCGGUUGGUAAUGAUGUCUCGCACCGCGAGUGGCAGAUUAAGCGUGGGGGAGGGCAGUGGGGGUUGGGGAAGGGGUUUGAUGGGUGGGCGCCGUGGGGUCCGGGUAUUGUUUCGACAAGCCUGAUUGCUGAUCCGAAUGCGUUGCAAAUUUCGACGUCGCUUAAUGGGAGGCAGGUGCAGUGCUCGUCGACUCGGGAUAUGAUCUUUGGCGUGGCGGAGACUAUUGCGUUCUUGUCGCAGGGGACUACGCUUUUGCCGGGUGACUUGAUCUUUACUGGGACUCCACAAGGUGUUGGUAUGGGCCGCAAGCCUAAUCUCUGGCUGAAGGAUGGUGAUCAUGUCGAGGUUUCGCUGGAGGGCGUGGGUUCCUGCUCCAACCGCGUUGUUUUUGAUAAGCCUGCUCCUAAGCUCUAA